UCUCAACAAACAGUUCAAUACACAAAACGAUUUUUUUAGCGAUAUUCGGUUGAAAUAAUCUAAAUUUCUAAUAAUAAGUCAAUUGCAUAAUAUUGCUGCUGGUGUUGUCAUUUGAGAGCAGAUAAGUUAAUAGUUGUGCCAGGAAAAUCAUCAGGAUCAACAUGAAACCUAAUACAACCAUCGUUGAAACCAAUUAUGGUCCCGUGCGAGGAAUAAAGCGAACAUCUGCUGUCGGUGAUCAAUUCUUCAGCUUUCGAGGAAUACCCUACGCCAAACCUCCUAUCGGAGAUUUACGGUUCAAAGAUCCUCAAUUGCCGGAUAAAUGGACAGCACCGAUUGAUGCAACUGAAACGGGAUUGGCUGCACCCGCAUUGAACAUGUUUACGAGAAGCCUGACCGGAAAUGAAAAUUGUUUGAUUCUUAACGUCUACACGAAAGAGCUUACACCACGGAAACCCUUGCCAGUUAUGUGUUGGAUUCAUGGCGGUGGCUUUAAGUUCGGUGAUUCGUCGGAAAUGUUAUAUGGACCCGAUUACUUGCUAUCAAACGAUGUUGUGUUUGUUUCGUUGAACUAUCGUCUGGGAGUGUUAGGAUUCUUAAGUGUUGACGAUCCGGCCGCAAAUGUUCCUGGCAACGCUGGCUUGAAAGAUCAAUCGAUGGCCUUGCAAUGGGUGAGGAAUAACAUUCAUGCAUUCGGUGGUGAUAGUAAGAACAUAACAGUUUUUGGUGAGAGUGCGGGGGCUGGAUCUGUGCAUUUGCACAUGCUGUCAGAUUUGUCAAGGGGGCUUUUUGAUAAAGCAAUUAUUCAGUCGGGUUCUGCGUUAGCUCCGUGGUGCAAUGUACCGCAUAACAAUUGGUCAGAACGCAUUGCAAAGAAAUUGGGCUGGAAUGGAGAAGGAGGUGCCAUCAAGCUUGUAGAGUUUCUGCAGAAUAUUGAAGUAGAAAAGUUAGUUUUGGCACAAGAGAUUAGAACCGAUGAAGAGAAGCGAGAUUGGAUGUAUUUAGAAUGGGGUCCGUGCAUUGAGCCGUAUGUAAGCGAAAAAUGCUUUUUGGCUAAAAAUCCAUUUGAUUUGUACAAGUCAUGUUGGGGCAACGGAAUUCCUUUGAUAAUUGGUGGUACUACCGAAGAGGGAUUGCUGUCGUAUCGAGAAGUAGCUGCCGAUCCAGAUCUGUGUCAAGGAGAAAAGGCUUAUGAAAAUUUGAUCCCGAAGGAGUGGAAUUUAACUGAAGAAAAAGUUAAGGUAUUGGCUGCAACGUUGAAAAAAGUUUAUGUUGAAGAGGGUGCACCAACAAAAAAUGAAGUCGAAAAGUUUCUAGACAUUUUGUCUGAUAAGUAUUUUUGGCACGGUAUGCAUAUUACGAUUGUGGGACGACUGCUAAACAAUGCCGCCGCUACAUAUUUGUAUCGAUUUGCUUUUUCAGCCGACAUAAAGUCUAAUUUAGUCAGACAAUUUCUAGUUCCCAAUGAUGUGAAAGGUGUCUGUCAUGGUGAGGACAUUGGGGCAAUAUUUAAACCAUCCGCGUUGAAAGAACCAACAAUUAACAGUGCCGAACAUAAGACGAUCGACCGAGUGACCAGUUUGUUCACUAGAUUUGCAGUCACUGGGAAUCCUAACUGUGAUGCCACUAAAUUGUGCGAAUGGAAACCUAUAGCUAACCGCUCUAGUCCACCGUUUAAGUGUUUAAACAUCGACGAUGAAUUGUCGUUCAUAUUUUAUCCGGAAGCGAAACGAGUUGCUUUGUGGGAAUCUAUGCAGCCAUAGGAUGGACGUAUAUGAACGGUAUUCUGAUAGGAUUCGUGAACCGUUCAUAAUUCAUUAACUUUGUUUACAACCGCUUACAAUAGGGUAAACGUUUAUCGAUGUAAUUAUCAAAUUUGUUUGAAAUACCGAGAACAAAAUCUUUUACUUCAUUCAACGCUACAAUUUACUAUAUAAGAGAACUAGCCCGAGUUGUUCG